AUGGAUUCUAAUGCCGAUUUUACCAAGAGAAAGCUCUGGGGAGGCCGGUUCACUGGGACAACUGAUCCUUUGAUGCACAAGUUUAACGCCUCCAUCGGUUAUACUAAGAAACUCUACAAAGUCGAUCUGAGACAAUCUGUCGCUUAUUCAAAAGCAUUGAAACUUGCUGGCAUACUCAAUGCUGAUGAGGCUGAAGAGUUGAAGAGGGGUCUUCAUCUUGUUGAGAAGGAAUGGGAAGAUGGUGUGUUCAAUAUAUCAUCGGACGACGAAGACAUCUUCACGGCAAAUGAGAGAAGACUAUCGGAAAUCAUUGGUUCCGGGAUCGGAGGCAAGCUGCAUACAGGCAGAAGUAGAAACGAUCAGACGGCCACAGACGCACGAAUGUGGUUGCUCGAUCAGAUCGGAGACACUAAGGCCUAUCUGAUUGAUCUGAUCAAUGUGAUGACCUCGCGAGCUGAAAAAGAAGUGGACGCUUUGAUGCCCGGUUACACACAUCUCCAGAAAGCUCAACCCGUGCGAUGGUCGCAUUGGUUACUCAGUCACGCUCACGCACUUUUAUCAGAUGUACAACGACUUAGUCAACUCAUCCCGCGUAUAUCUGUGCUCCCGCUUGGAUCCGGGGCGAUGGCAGGCAACCCAUACGGACUUGAUCGCGAACUUCUAGCCAAGGAGCUGGGUUUCAGAUCCGUUGGUCAGAAUUCGAUGUAUAUGGUGUGGGACAGAGACUUUGUCGUGGAGUUCCUGCAAUGGAGUUCGCUCUUGACCAAUCAUUUUAGUCGAUUUGCGGAGGAUCUAAUUAUAUACAGUUCUGGGGAGUUUGGCUUCGUUACCAUUUCUGACGCAUACAGUACCGGGUCAUCUAUUAUGCCUCAGAAAAAAAACCCAGACUCUCUCGAGUUGCUUCGAGGCAAAUCAGGCCGAAUCUUUGGUCAAAUGGCAGGCUUAAUGAUGACUAUGAAAGGGAUUCCCACGACGUACAACAAGGACAUGCAGGAAGAUAAAGAACCUAUGUUCGACUGUGCAACGACUGUUCAAGAUUGUAUCAGGAUCGCCGAGGGAGUCAUCGCUACCCUUGAUAUCAAUCCAGAGAAGAUGAGAGCCGCGCUGUCGGAAGAUAUGCUAGCCACCGAUUUAGCUGAUUAUCUUGUCCGAAAGGGAGUGCCAUUCCGGGAAACUCAUCAUAUUUCCGGUCGAGCCGUUGCUAUGGCGGAGAAGGAGAACAUACGCCUCUCAGAAAUCACGUUCGCUCAGUACUUGACUCUCAGUGACCAGUUCACGGAGGACGUGUAUUCGGUAUUCGAUUAUGAGAACAGUGUCGAGAAAAGAAACGUCACAGGCGGACCAAGCAGAAAAGGGAUUGCCACCCAGGUUCAGUAUAUACGAGCAGCCCUCGGAGAUAUUGAAUAA